AUGUCCGGCACAACAAGACCGAACGUGGCCGAAGUCCAGGGUCGCCUUAUUGUCGAGAGGUCCAGGCGGGAGACAGCCGAGAGUAGGCUCGUCAUCGCCGCGCGAGAAAUCGCGAACCUCCUCGCACAGCGAGACGAAGCCCAGGGCGUCAUCACCGGGUACAUGGACGACCUCUUUACCGAACAGAGGGCCACGCACGCGCUCUCCCGUGCCGCCGACCAGAUCCAGCAGCAAUAUGACGAAAAAUGCCAGGAGAUCCGAGAGAUGAAGGCCAGGUUACCGCCGAAGACGCCGUGGUGGGAGGAACGCGAGGACUGGAUCAUCGAGGAGGAUCAGUUUGGAAUACGGCAUUUUGUGAGGACGGAGCAGGUUGAGGGUGUGGGGGAGGUUCAGUUGAAGGAUGCGGUGCCGAAGGGUUAUGUGAAUGCGAAGAAGACGGUCAGGAUCAAUGCGUCGGAUCAUCAUGGGAGAGAGGAGAAAGGAGCCUUGCCGUAUGAAGAGUGGUUGGCGGCAGAGGACGAAACCGAGGAUAAAAAGACCAAGCCUAAAAAUCCUAAGCCUAAAGCGAAGAGUCCCCAGCCUAAAACGUCCGGGAAGCCCAAAGCGCAAAAUACAGCGCCUAAAGGGCCCGAGAAGCGUCGAUCCUUCUUUAACUAA